AUGCUCCACAACGCACUCGAAAACACAUCCAUCGGAGCUUCCAGCAGCGAACUGCAGGGCCUUCAGUGCGGAGUGUGCCGACAGGCCUUCAGUGGACGAGCCGCUGCGCUGCUAACAGAGAGGCUGCAGAAGCACGUCGAACAGCAGCAGGACGUCCAGACUGGUCCCAGCAUGGACCUGUUAAAACAACAGGUCACGACUGCAACUGGGCUGUGGCAGCAGGGAAAGCUCCAGGAAGCUGCCAAUCUCUUCCGCGAGACCAUCACAGGCCUCAAAAUGACGGAUGCAAAGGGGCAGCUGUAUUCGGCACAGCAUAACCUAAGCCUGGUCAUGGUUGCCAUGGGGCGUCCAGAGGAAGCCCGCGCUGAGUUGCGAAUAGCUCGAAGAGGGCUUGCCACGCUUUAUGGGGCCCAACAUCCACUUGCCCUGAAGGCCGCCCACAACGAGGCGAUGGCCGCCAAUGCUGCGGGUCAUCGCGAGGAGGCAUUGAAGCUGUACGAGGUUGCUCUCGAGGCUCGAUGCCGUGUGCUGGGCUCUCACCAUGUGGACACCUUGAAGACACGUUGCAACUACGGCUUGACCCUGCGGAACUGCAGCAGGACCGAGGAGGCCGAGAUAGAGUUGCGCUUGGCCCUUGCGGGGCUUGAGCUUGUGGUGGGCCCACGGCACCCCUUGUCUGUCACAGCCCUGCAGAAUUUGAGCCUCGCGCUGUCGAGCCGCGGGCAACUUGGUGAUGCCGCAGCUGCACAGGCUGCAGCCUUGGUGGCACGCGAAGCUGCCGAGGGGAAGCAUCAACUGCUGGGUGCAUCACACCCAGAAGCUCUAGAGGCUCGCCGUGAUUUGGGCGCUACCCUCUUUGCGGCCAGCCGCCAAGAGGAGGGCGUGGCAGCCUUUCGGCAAGCGCUGGCCGGCCUCCAGCAAACCUUAGGUUUCCAGCAUCCUACCACCAUUGCCGUUUUGGCACAGCUCAGGGCCGCUCUGUCCCACGACGAGGAGGCUGCCAUGGCACUGGUCCACGAGCACAGCUCCGGCAACGUCACAGCGGCGCCAGAUUGGGAGGUGCCCCAGUGGGGCGGCAAGCUGGUCCUGGUCCUUGUGGCAAUUGCAGCCGAACCAGGUGAGAUAAAUGGUUCCAUUCUUCUGGUGGACCACCUAAAACGGGUAGCCACCGAAGCCCGCGCGGAGGCGCUCUUCGCGCUGUCUCCCUGGGUGCCAACGGAAGUUCUCCUCUCCGGGGCCGAG